CCCAAUUCCAUCACUUUACUUUAUCGCUGCUUCGCUCCUCUUCACACCCUCAUCUCGAUAUACAACAACUCACCUGCGGCUUCUUACCAGCAACCUCAAAUAUACCCUCUACCACCGCCCAAGAUGACACCUGCUCCAUUAACCAAAACACUCGAAUUCGAGAAAAAGAACCAGAACAUGCCAAAACUCCCCAAACAUGUGAAAGUCCAAAAGCGCCCGAUUCCACAUCCAUCCACUCCCUCGCCAUACUCCGGCUCCUCGUCACCCAAAACCAUCUACGUUUCAUCCAGCUCCCCCACAAUGGGCGUUGUCAAGCGCGUCCAGAAGUACCUUCGGGCGGCGGAGAACCGCGCCACGGCAAAACUGCUCAGCGGAAAUAACAAAGGAAAGAAGGGCGACCGAAGGAAUCAGUUCGCGCAGUUGGCGCAAAGUAACGAGGCGUUGAAGAAGGAGGAGGUGUUUGUGAAGGCCACGGGGCGGGCGAUGGAGAGGGCAUUGAAGGUGGGAAAGUGGUUUGAGGCGAGGGGAGAGGAGUAUACUGUGAGCGUGAAGACGGGGAGUGUCCUUGUGGUUGACGAUGUGGUGGAGGAUGAAGAAGAGAGGGAGAAGGCGGUAGAGGAGAGCGAGAGGCUGAAAAAGGAGGUGGAGGAAGCAAAGCUGAAGGGUGAGAAUGCGGAGUUAUCCAAGUCGGCGAUGCGGAAGAGAAAGAGGGCUGUUGCGCGGUUGGAGGGCGAACAGGAGCUACCGGAGACGAGGACGAGGUGGGUGAAUAUGGUGGAGGUGGCAGUUUCAUUGAAGUGAGGCAUUCCAUGGAAUGGUAUUACAUUGCAAUGAGAAAAGGAGGACGAUGGAGCCAACCGGCACGCUACUGAGACCAGCCAGGCAGGUAAGGCCCUUCAUUUGCGGGCGCCAUG